ACCGGAAGCAGUUCCGAUGUCAGAGGUUGAGCACAUUGUUUCUCCGCGGUACAAUUUGUUUCACUCAGUAAUGAAUGAAGCUUUACUAAAACAAGAUAUCUAGCGCGCACUUCAAACAACAGUUGCCACCGAAAGAAACGGAGUGACGUCGACGUAAUUCUGCGCACAAUACGAUACAAAAACUGAUCUUAUUUGAGUUCAUAGACCCAAACAGCGAUGGCUGGAAUUCUGUUUGAGGAUAUCUUUGAUGUAAAGGACAUUGAUCCAGAUGGCAAGAAAUUUGACAGAGUAUCUCGUCUGCACUGUGAAAGUGAAUCUUUUAAGAUGGACCUAAUCUUGGACGUGAACAGUCAGAUCUAUCCUGUCGAUCUUGGCGACAAGUUCAGACUGGUUAUUGCCAGCACGCUAUAUGAAGAUGGAACACCAGAUGAUGGAGAAUACAAUCCUCAGGAUGACCGACCAUCCAGAGCGGACCAGUUUGAUUAUGUGAUGUAUGGGAAGGUUUACAAGAUCGAAGGUGAUGAGACUUCAACAGAAGCAGCAACACGCCUCUCUGCCUAUGUGUCUUACGGCGGCCUCCUCAUGAGGCUGCAGGGAGACGCCAACAACCUCCACGGCUUUGAGGUGGACUCCAGGGUCUACCUCCUCAUGAAGAAACUGGCCUUCUAAAACCCAACUCUGCGCACCCCCUCCCCCUGGUUCAUCCCCUGCCAAAGUCAACUUUAAAAUCAGAAUGGACUGCUCGCUGAAAACAUUCAAAUUCCAGAGUUUGGAGCACAAGAGCAGCUCACAGACGGAGCACUUGCAGGCUGAAGAAAACAUCGUUUUUUUUACUCUUGUAGUAACCAAAUGUUUCCUCCAAGGAGAUGGACUACAUAUUAAAGACUGUGACACUUAAAAACUGCUGCAACCUCCAUCUGCUGGCAAACUGUAAAUAAAGAUUUCUUUUAUACAAAAUGAUUCAUAAACAGUCACCCUGCUUUUA